ACAAAUUUUUGAAGUUUGAUUACUUUUUCAUGUAAACUUGAAACUGAAGCACUUCCUUGACCUGGAUUUUGACCAGCAAGGGAAGAUUUUCACUCUCACACAAUGUUGUCAGCACUAAGACAGGCCUCCAGGCCAGCAAUACUUGUGAUGAGAAACUCAUCCAGAUUUGCUUCCCAGUCAGCACUGAAGGUUGAAGUGAUUGAUGAACAGAAAGGCAUUGGAGAGAUCUGCCUGCAGAAUCCACCAGUGAACAGCCUUCACUCUGAGCUGCUGACAGGCCUGGCUGAUGGUGUGAAAACCCUGGAGAAAGACGGAUGUCGCGCCUUCCUCCUCAGUUCGGCGAUCCCAGGGAUCUUCUCUGCUGGCCUGAACCUGCUGGAAAUGCACAACCAAGAGCGGCAGGACCUGUUGAAUUACUGGGCACGCGUGCAGAACAUGUUUCUCACGUUGUACGGCACUCGUCUCAUCUCAAUCGCCUGUAUCACGGGCGCCGCGCCGGCCGGCGGUUGUCUUCUGUCGACCUCCUGCGACUACAGACUGAUGCUUGACCACCCCAAGGCGGUGAUCGGACUAAGCGAGAGCCUGGUCGGCCUGCCCGUACCCGACUGGAUGCGGAUCAACUUCUGCGACGUGGUGGGCCGGCGGCACACAGACCUGGGACUACAGAUGGGUAUCCUGUUCCCCGCCCAGGAGGCGCUGCGGAUCGGACUGGUGGAUGAGCUGGCUAGCUCGCCAGAGGAGCUCAGACAGAGGGCGCUGCAGAAACUCGAGCACUUUCUCAAAGUCCCCGACGUUGGCCGCGAGUUUUCUAAGACUGCCUCUACCGAACCUCUGAUUUCGUAUCUCUCUGGAAGGCUCCAGAAAGAUGCCGAGCUCUUCGUCGACAACAUUUCACAGGAGCGCGUGCAAAAGCAGCUCGGGAAGCAUUUGGUGUCGCUCAAAAAUAAGAAGAAGAACUAGGUGUGCUGGUUGAUGUCAUAUUGGGGUUAUGAAUGGUGUCUUUCACACCGAAGGGCGGACACCAUUCGUGAAGUGAAAGCUGCUUAGGUGGGGCAGGUAUGUACUUACCGAAAUGAUGCAAUACAAACAAUGCAAUUAAUUAAUGGACGAGUCAGCCGAGAUGUCUUGUAGAAGUUUUUGAUGCUGAUGUGUUGUGACUUGCGACAACCCUGUGAACUUUGUAUGUGACACACUUGUUUGUGAAAAACGUUUGUUGAAUAUAUUUACUGAAGUAAA